CCUACAUGCCUUAGCCUUAGCUUCAGGAUGUUUUGGUUAUGACCAUAAGCUAAAUUGAAUGAGAAAGUAUUUUUAUUUUUGUAAAUAAUUAAAAAAGGAAUGUCUUGUGAAGAUUUACUGUUUUUGGGGGGAACAUUGAUUUAAACCUGCAUAUAUACGCUGAGUUAAUUAUAUACAAUAUACAUCUGUCAUCAUCUGAUAGUACUGAUAGUCAGGUCAGUCAGCACCACACUCAUUUUGAUUUAUGAUUUAUUCAUUAUGAAAUGAUAAGAAAUGAUAUUUAAUGUAUUAUUUAGGCUGAUAUGGAAUUCCAUUGUUUGGCCUACAUUACUUGAUUUAGGAAUAGGAUGAAUGUCUGCUGACCUACUCACUCAGUAGGCUACUGAUUCAAUUUUACUUUUGAUGUCAUUUAUCAUUUAGUUUGGAAAAAAACUUGUUUCCUUGUCAAGUCUCAUGUAUAGUAUGUAUUUUGAGGGCAAAGAGGUAGUAAACACUAAAACUUAUAAGUUUAAUUUGGUUUAAAGUUAACCUUUUCGUUACCGAUGACUUCGACGUAACGUCACGAUCACCAACUUUCAAUUACCAAGGAUGUCACAUAAUCGUCAUAACAAAGAUGCAAAGAACUUUUCUGAAAUACCAAGGACGUCACGUCAACGUCAUAUUUCAAUACUACAUAUUUCUUUAUGCCUUAAUCUAUAGAGAAGUUAAUAAGUGAAUCAGAAAGAGAAUGAAAUAAUAGUAAUAAUACCAGAAGUUUUCAUGUUGAAGUUUUUUAAUUGCUGAGUCAGCAAAAACCGAUGCCAAAACCAGCAGUAAUGGAAGGGUUAAACCAAUCUGGAUCUGGAAAACUUGCACAAAUUCACCACAAAGUCAUUUCUAGGGUUAACUUAAUCCAUUUAAUCACCUGCACUUAUUAGACAUAUUAUUCAAAUUAUGCUUUGAAAAUCAUGCAUAUAUUAUUUUCAAUAUUGGGUAAAUUAUACCUUGAGUAAGGUUUGAGAAUUGGUUAUUUUGGCCUGAAGUGCUAUAUAUACUGUUAUUCUUAUAUUGAUAAGAUAAAAUACUUUUAUUGACCCAAAUAAUUGGAAAUGUUUUUUUUAUAAAAUUGUAAAUAUUGAAUUCAGAACAUAAUAUAUAAAAGUAAUUUUUUAAAAAACAUUUUUUUACACUUUAAUGUAUGAAAACUUUUUUUUACACAAAAACUACUGCGGGACGUGAACUCAUGCAAAUCUUAAAAUAAAAGAUUGCGGCUUGUGCCAAACUACUUUUCAUUUAUCUCUUUGCCUGCAUCCACAUAUUUUCAACAGUCUGUGUGUGGACACCAGUGUCAUUUGGAAUGAAAAAGUUUGUUGAUGAACAACAAAAGAGUGUUAGUAGAUUUCAUGUCUUAUCUGGUUUAUGUUUGCAUAAGCUGCCCAUCUGUCUCAUACAAUAAGUGAGCCUGAAAGGAUAUAUCUCGACUUUGGGUGGAUGUGCGGUCUAAACAGAGUCAGUCCCAAGCAGCUAGUUGACUGGAGUUUAAUCCCCAGAAAAUGCCUAGACAAGCAAAAAAUCACCAGCACCCCGGGUAGAUGGGACUCGUUAACAUUGGAUAGCAACUCAUCUAAGAGAAGGCAAACUCUGAAAUUAAACCCAGAGAUGGAGCCCCGUAGGUGUUAUGUCUCAUUUACACAAUGAAAAUUCCUGCAAUGUAGAACGCAUAAAGAGCACAGUGAAAAACACACUGCUGGUCAUCUACUGCAUCCUGGUCUAUUUCUAGUUAUCUUGACUAAGUCUUGGAUGGGAUCAAAUAGGAAAGGAUGAGAGUUGAGGCUGAAGAAUUGAGCAACUCUCCUUCACUUUAAGCAAAAUACAGCUCAAGUCAAGGCUAUUGCUCAAGUAAAAAAUUGCCUUAGCCACCUUUGCAUGCGAAGAAUGAACAUCUCUUUAUGCACUCCUGUAAUAUGAUAGCAUAUUGUCAAACACUUCAACGAGACAACAGUGCCAACUCGCUGUCUCUAUGCCACCGAAAACCCAGUGGCCCACUCCACUGUACUAUUAAUGGACAUCAAUAAAAGAAUAACAGUUUAAAUACCACUUAAAACCGGAACAACGCAAUUUUUUAACGACCAACGCUAAAGUGGUAGAUUACCCAAUAUUGUCUCAAUUCAAAUAGGCUUAACUAAAAUUAAUACUAAGAGGCCUACUAAGUAAUAGGCUCAAUUAUUUGAACGUAUUUUUAUAGCCUUCCAAAUGCUUUGUCUACACGAUACAUAAUUAUCAAGCCUAUAUAGUCUCUAGGUCUAGAUAUAGGGAGUGAGAGACCACAAUUGUGCCAUUGAAUUUUGAUCAAAGUAUGACAUAAACUAUAAACCAGGUGUCAACAAUAGUCAGUAGUUGACAAGGAAAGUAGUGCCUAGGAAACUAGUGUCCUAAUGUAUUAAUUUCCUAGUUAUUUAAAAUGUUAUCCCUCCCACCCCCUUUAACACUAAAAACAAUAAAAUAAAAUCAUCAUUACUUAAUUUAUUUGGCUACACUGUACAAUCUAUUCUGGUGAUCACAUGAUGCACAGUACGGGUAAUAAUAUUAACAAAAUAUAAGCCUAUGCUAACAAAUGAAUCCUUGUGUACAAUCUGGUCCUGUGGUGUGACCUGUUGUAAACAGGACAACUAUACAUUAAAAAAACUGCAAUUGUCAUAGCUCAGAAAGAAGUUUGAUUUUCAUAUGAUAUCAUCCUUAAGGAUAAAAGGCAGAUAAAAAAAAUUUAAAAAAAAAAGGAAAAUUCAUGUUAAAGCACCCUGGAGACUUGCAGAAAUCUUUUUGGAUACAAGUUUGAUACUAUCAUCCAAACAUUAAUUCAAGAUUCCUUUUAAACCAUCUACAUUUACUUUCAACAUCUUGAAAACGAUAUCUGAGACCAAAAAGCCAGAUAAUCUGCUAAAUAUCCUGUGUAGUGUAGCAUAUCUAAUUUAAACUCCAUAGCAUAGUUUCAUUCAUUAACCCCUCUCAAAAAAUUUUUAAGUAAAUUUUAACAAUAAUAAAUCAUAUUUUUACAUGUUCCAAUUUAUUUUGAAAUGUUCCUUUUUAGGUUAGAUGAAUAUCGUUUUCUUGCUAGGCUUGGCAUAUGAAGCAAAUGAGAGGAUCGAAAUGGAAACAGCAUGGAGAUGCGUUUCCGUUCUUUUUUAAGAAAGUAAGAUGAAUAAUUGUGCACCCAAGUAAAAUUUUCUGUCAAAUAAUUUGUUUACAAAACAUGUGUGAAUUUCAUGAUUCAAAGAAGUUUGACAUAUUUUGUUUGCAGUAUUGUAAAAAUUACACUCAUUUUAUGCUGGUUUUCUUAAAGAAACUAAAGAAAAGUCUUUUUUUAUAGCUCAUUCUUGAAGGAAAAUUAUGUAGCCUUAGUGAGGGUGGUGGUAAGGACUUUUAUUUUAAUUUCAAAAGCUGAUAUUUUAUCAAAUCAGACUUCAUUAAUUAAUAUUGUUCUCUUAAAUUAUGCUACGAUCAGAUUUGAUUAUUCUAUUAAGUUAUGCUUCAAGCAGACAUAAUUAUUAAUUAUAACAAAAUGUUAUGCUGUUGUUUUUUUUUUAAAUUCAGGUGCCAUACACGUGUGAUGGACUCAGAGCGACAAAUACAGCGUCUUAUUAUCUUGAUGGUAGUUUUGGGAGCAGUGUUUUACAUUUAUUGCUUUUAUUGUAGGUAUCUUUCUACAGAUUAUAAUAAUUUCUUUAUUCCUUCAAAAUUUAAAAAAAAUAUAUUUAAUGCAACAUAGAUUUCAGUUCUGUACCUUUGCUUUUUAUUAAGUCAAAGAAUAUUGAAUCAUGAUUAAACACAUUACUAUUUGACAACAACACUUUUAAAACUUGGAAAUGUAAAUGUCAUAGAUAAAGCUCCGACUGGGUACCCACUCGAGACUAACUGCUCGGACGAUUCUGGCGUGACAGAUUUUAAUAAAGUAUUUGAAAAAUCCUUUUAAAAAGCGGCAAAAUUACUCAUAAGGAUUAUGUUGUUUUUAACCCUCUUCUACAAUUAGCCAUUUGAGCGCCUGCUGUUGCCUCCUUAAUUCCCAUGGUGGGAGGUUAGCUGGAUUGUUGAGUACCUACAUUGUGAUGAUUUUAAAAUAUUAACUGUUAUUAAAAUUUGUUUUCUGGUUCAUCAUUCACAGAUGCGAGAUUAAGAUGGGAGGUAAAUGACUGGAAUGAGAGGCCAGCUAAGGUAUUUUUUUAUUGCUCUCAGUACAUUAAAUACAAGUUUCCUCAUUUAAUCCAUUAGCAUUCAGAUCCAAUGACCAUUUGGGCAAGUGCCCUUCGGCCUGAAUUUAACCCAUUUAGUGCCCAUAAGAUGCAGAUGUACACAAAAGGUUUCAAAUUUAUUCAUACUGAUGUAAGCUAUCAUCACUGUGAAACUAUAAUGCUUUUUCCAAAGCAUAUAAGCCAUUCUUUCCAUUCUUCUAAGCUUUGUUUUCAUUAGGGACUUGUGCCCAUUCUUUUCUUUAAUUUUUGGGUAUGGGUAGGAUAUAUUUAAAUAUUAUGUAAAUUUAAUUUAUACUUAUUGAAUGUUUUUUAUUGUACUGAUGAAGACAUUUGCCGAAAAGUUUAAAUUUGUAUUUUAUAUAACCAUUUAAAGCUUAGCAUACAUUGCUUUUUUUUUAUUUACACACAUUAUUUGUGUCUCAUUAAUCUAUAAGGCGUUAUGUUUACAUCAAACUUUGAAUACUGGGUACCCACAAUUGUUUCACCACACAUUUAUAUAGUAACAGUAACAACGUGUUAGAACAGUGGUUCAGUUCCUGUUUUAUUCUAAUGGAGCAUCAUCAUGCAUUAGCACAUGAAGUGGAAAGAGAUUUUAAAAACAUUUGUUUGAAACCAUUUGUACAACCAUAGAGGAAUCUGGUUAUUCCUUUUAUUUUGAGUAUCAUUGUGCAUCGAAAUUAGAUUAAGGUUUUGACGAAGCUUAUGUAAAAUGAAAUUUAUUUGAGUAAUAAUGAUUUUAUGAUGAAUGAUACCUUUACUUUUUAUGAAUGUGUUUGCAAAAUCUGUUACGAAUAAGACAAAUGUUCAAUCUUUAAAAAAGAAAGUAUUAUUUUUCUAUGAAAUAUAAUAUUUUAUCUAUUUCAGAAAAUUGAUGAUCUUUAUGGUACAGACCCUGAGCUCAAGGCAGUUCAUGAAAGGAUGGUUUCUGAAGCAGGUCAAUUAUCCAGUGAAAUCACCAUUAUCACAGCCUACUACAACCUGGGUAAACUAAAUAAAGGAAAGAAAUUUGGGCUUGGGGGCUACACUCCAGAACGUUACAAAAGCUGGAUGUCAGUAUUUGGCAGAAUUGAUAAUCCACUCAUAGUUUUCACCGAUUCUCAAGAGAUUGUAGAUAUUUUCACUCAGUCUCGAUCACAUUUCAGCAGGGAACGGACAAUAAUAGUGCCUUUAAAUAGAACUAACCUUUGGGCCUUUUCACUAGCCCCUAAAAUUAAAGAAAUAUUUUCACAGACAGGAUAUCCUUCUUACGAUCCUAACACUGUGAAUGAAAACUAUUCCUGUGUCAUGCACGCUAAAUUUGAACUUGUGAAUAAAGUGAUAAGAGAAAAAAUGUUUCAUACAAAAUACAUCAGCUGGUUGGAUAUCGGCUUAUACAGAGGAGUUGUAGAUGAAAAACACAUUUUCCCUAUCAGGCUUCCACCCGACUUUGAUCAAGACAAGAUAGCCUACUCGGGGCAGCACAAGUUUGACUCAUCCUUGUCACCAUAUCAGAUCAUUGUGGAAGACAGAACUUGGGUUGGUGGCGCGAUGUUUCUGGGGAGACCUGAGGUCAUGUUUGUGUACACACAGGACUACAUGAAUGCCGUCAAGAAACUUUUGUCGGAGAACAUGAUGAGCACGGACCAACAAGUCAUCUACAUAAUGUUCCAGCCCAAUUUCCCCAUCCAGCCACGAGUUGAGAUCCAGACAUACACAACACACUCCACGGACGAUUGGUUUUAUUUAGGUUAUGCCAUCAAGGAGACCUGGGAUGUACACCUGCGGAAAGCUGUGUCAAUACUUAAAUUUUUACACACUAUUUUAUGAUUUCUUGCCUUGAUAUGGGUUGCAGUGUCAGUAAAAACAUGUUAAUAUUUGACUACAUGAACUCCCACAGGUUUGCUCAAUACCAUUUGAGACUAUGCUACAAUUUAACAGUUGAUGAUUUCAAAUGAGACUCAUGCCAUCUUGUUGUAAUAGUAUUUUUAAAAUAAAGUUUUAUAACAUAUGGGACAAAAAUAUUACUACAGGGGCAAAUUAUAAUAUGGAAGUAUUACAAUAUAAUGAUGAUUUAAUAUGCUGGGACUUAAAAUGUGUAUUCAAGUUGUUACAUUAACUAAAGUAAAUAAAUACCCCAAGGAAUUUAAAGAAAUACUUUCUUUUCAUAAAUGCACCGCAAUGACAUGUUUGCAUUAGAAAACAAAGGCAACUAUUUUAAGGUUCUAAAAUUAUGAAGCUAAUCUUAAAGCUGAGAAUUCAUCCUGAAUACAGAUCAAUACUCUUCAGAAAUGCCAAAAAACAAUUUAGCUGUUAACAAAGCCAUUUAUGCUCAGCACAGAUAAAAUCUGGUUUGCAUGUGUCACAUUUAAUAUGCCGAACUCCAUAUGUCGGCAAUGAGCAAGUUUGCAGUAUUUGUGAUAAGAUUAUGCUUAUGACCAACAUAAUUGAUAAGUUUCUGUUGUUCAGUCAUUCUCUGUGAAGAAUUCAUAAUGCCAUGUUUGAGGGUUG